UUGUAUGGUCUCCAUAUCAUAAUAUUCCAGAUGCCAAGUUGGAUGAAUAUAUUGCAAUAGCAAAGGAAAAACAUGGAUACAAUGUGGAACAGGCACGGCAGCAAACACUGCAAUUAAAUGGAUCUGCAUACAGUUGUGGUCUGGAUUCUCUGCAAAAGAUUGAGCUCUUUGUUUUCAUGACAUGCUCAGCUUGUAAUGUGCACUUUUGAAAGGUUUGCUGUGUCCAGGUUGUUAGAAGAUUGGUAAUCAGGGGUCUGGAGAGCUGAUGAACAACUGAUGAUCACGUCUGCACUGCAUGGUUGAAACUGAGUGGAUUACUUUUCCCAAUUCCCAUGCCAGACUUGGCAUCAAAUCUUGUCAUUGAUUCUCUGGCAGUACACAUGACAUGGAAGUGGCCGUGCUGUUAUUUGUGGAUUGGAGAGUUGUAGAAAGAGCACUCUCACUUUGAACUUUCAAACUUGCAUUUUGGAUGACCCCCUGGCUGCUGAAAAGCUCUCGGCAUGUUGUUCUGGCAUAAACACAAUAUUGAGAAGUCCCUUGCGGAUCUCCCUAACUUCACUCCUUUCCCUGAUGAGUGGACAGUUGAAGAUAAAGUCCUAUUUGAGCAAGCAUUUAGCUUCCAUGGAAAGAGCUUUCACAGGAUCCAGCAAAUGCUUCCAGACAAGACUAUUGCAAGCCUUGUAAAAUAUUACUAUUCUUGGAAAAAAACUCGCUCUAGGACAAGUUUGAUGGAUCGUCAGGCUAGAAAACUAGCUAAUCGAAAUAAUCAAGGUGACAGUGAUGAUGAUGUAGAAGAAGCUCAUCCAAUGGAUGGAAAUGAUAGUGAUUAUGAUCCCAAAAAAGAAGCCAAAAAGGAGGUAACAGAUAAUUUAAUGGGCAGUAAUGAGCAGCCUGUUCAGACCAGCAAAAUAGGGCUGGGUAGAAGAGAGUAUCAGAGCUUACAGCAUCGUCACCAUUCUCAGCGGUCCAAAUGCCGUCCACCAAAAGGCAUGUUCCUGACCCAGGAAGAUGUGAUAGCAGUUUCCUGUAGUCCCAAUGCAGCCAACACAAUUCUUAGACAGCUGGAUAUGGAACUAAUCUCAUUAAAGCGACAGGUUCAAAAUGCUAAGCAAGUAAACAGUGCACUUAAACAGAAAAUGGAAGGCGGGAUUGAAGAAUUCAAACCUCCUGAGUCUAAUCAGAAAAUCAAUGCCCGUUGGACCACAGAAGAGCAGCUUCUUGCAGUACAAGGUGUCCGCAAAUAUGGUAAAGAUUUUCAAGCUAUUGCAGAUGUAAUUGGCAACAAGACUGUUGGCCAAGUGAAGAACUUCUUUGUAAACUACAGGCGUCGGUUUAACUUAGAGGAGGUAUUGCAGGAAUGGGAAGCGGAACAAGGAACCCUGGCUUCUAAUGGUGAUGCUUCUGCUUUAGGGGAGGACACAAAAAAUACUUCUAAUGUGCCAUCAGGAAAGAGCACUGAUGAAGAAGAUGAGGCACAAAGCACGCCGGCCACUCAGUGUUUAGGCCCUUCACCUCCAGCACAGGCAUCUGCUCCAGCACCUACCGCUCCCAUGGCAACUUUAAACCAGCCGCCCCCGUUACUUCGUCCAGCGCUUCCUGCUGCUCCUGCUCUCCAUCGUCAGCCCCCACCACUUCAACAGCAGGCUCGAUUUAUCCAGCCAAGGCCAACUCUAAACCAACCCCCCCCACCUCUCAUCCGCCCAGCUAAUUCCAUGCCUCCUCGUCUAAAUCCAAGGCCCGUGUUAACCACAGUUAGUGGCCAGCAGCCACCCUCACUUAUUGGAAUUCAGACAGAAUCGCAGUCUACUCUGCACUGAAGAAAUAAGGCAGAAUUAUGCUAACUCCUACAUUUGAAAAAUUGUAUCAAUGUCUACUCUUUUUCCAAGUAAUGAAGGGGAAAAAAGAGCAAGCCUUCACAGGUAUCAGACCAGUUCUAUGGAGGAGCAAGCUGAUAACUAGGAAUGGAACCACAUGAAUGACCAUCUGUAUAAAAAUAUUUUUUGUGUAGAAGACUUGUACAGCAGAACAAUGCCUACAAUACAGUCCUCCUCUAUAUGAAUAACUGUUGAAGGAAGCUAACUUCUUAAAUGAAUAAAUGUUCAACACACCAAGAUUUUGUUUAACUGAUUUUUACUCUAUUUAUUUUAUAACAGUUCUUCAUAGUCGAUUAUCUAACUACAGGAUAGUAGUUUGGCAAAUCUAGGAGUAGAUAUUACUGUAGGACACCUACAUGUAGGGUUGUGGUUUUUUUGGUUGGUUGUUUUUUUUUGUUGUUGUUGUUUUUUGUUGGUUGUUUUACUUUCUCGUGCAAAAAAAUCUAAUGGCCUUAGGUUCAGAAUUUUGGCCGUGUUUAGAUAACCGUAGAAGCAUUUCAUGCGCUUGUAAAAUGUAGGUGUUUCUUCUCCUCAUGUUUUUCCCAAAACACUUUCUUUUUUAGAAAGGUACUUUCUUAUUAAAUACUCCUCUGAAAGAGUAUUUGAAAGACAUGAUGAGCUAUUGUACCAAACACGUUAAAUAUCUCACAUGUGUUCUAAUCGUGUAAGUUAACUGAAAACAGGAGUCCAGUUUUCUGCCACAAAAUCUCUUGUAGGCUGGGGCGGAGAGAAGGGCAGCAACUUGUGGCACCUGGGGGAUGAUGACAGGAGAGGAACAGUAGCAAGCACCAUUAUUCUUUUAUUUCUCUGUAAAUGGCUGUCUGCAGUUCAUAUAGAUAUUGACAGAUCAUUGAUAUCUUGCCUAAGAAGUCAGGAUAAAAACAUAGAGACUGGUGGUGGUGAUAGAAUAUUGUGGCAAUAGGGGCUAUUUUCUGCCAACCCAAUUUUAGUGUGUUAAAUGAGUGUCUGAUUUCUGCUAUUUCUAGGUGAGUUGAUUCGCUGGGCUGAGGUUUUCCUAGGCUUUUUUUUUCCUUUUUUUAACCAAGUUAAAUCUGCAUUUGGGUAUUAAUCAUUGCUUCCAACUUUAGGAAACUGAAAGGUGUUUUCACUGUGCUCAUUAAACUGUUCUUGUCUGAAACAUUAUUUAAAAAAAAAAAGUGUGAUCUGGAUCAAGGUGUUGAAAUAUACUGCAUUUUCAAGUAUGUAAUAACGUUCAGGUUGACUGCCGUACUAGUCUAAAAGGUUAUUUUUAUUUAUACCUGCAAGUGUUUGAAAACCAUUUUAAAUACAUUCUGUUAUUAACUGGAUUUGAUUAAAAUGAGCCCUUAUUGGAAGGAGGAAUGUGCUAUCCCUAGUCUUUUUCACAGAGAAAUUGAAUGGUCUAACUAACGAUCAGUUUAACAGUUGGCUAAGAGCUUUCAUCUGUGCAAUAGGAAUCUCUUGUACCAUUUCAUUUGUAAAUCUAAAGUUUAUAGUACUCACGGCCUAAAUUGCAGUUAAGGUAUUGACACUGUAUAGUUCAGCUCUUCAUUCAGACACAUUCUCAAAAUCAUAAACUUUAGGUAUUUGCUUUCCAAAUGGCUCUUUUCUGAUGCGCCGAAGUCUCAUACGAAAGAUCCUUCUUAAAGAGUUUUCUCUUGCAUCAAAGUAGAUCCUUAGCCGCUACAUAAGCAUCAGAUGGCCUCUUAGCUAAGAAAAGCAGCACUGUAAAACACGAACUGAGGAAUUUGUGAUCACUGAAACUUGUGUUCUGGGAGUCAUGAAUGUCCCCUCAACAACUACGUACAAAUCUGGCUGCUCUCCAGACUUUAAAACUGCUGUGAAACCCACCCGGUACAUUUUGACAUCCUGUCCGAGUAUCUCAUUUUCGUUGUUGACAGUGAUAGGAUACAUCUUCAGGGGUUUGUUUUGUUUUGUUUGUUCGUUUGCAUUGAGUCUCCCAGGUGUGUGUAUUGUACCUUUGCUAAUUUUUGUCUUGUCUCUUGUCAAUAGACUUCAGUAUGCACAGUGUUGGGUGUUGCAGUAGAGUUGGCCACCACCAACUGCUUUAAAACUGUUCAGUACAUUGUAAAUCAGUUUAAUCUUGUUUAAAUAUUCUAUAAUUGGGCAAAGGUGCUGUAGUUGAAGGGGGGAGGGAGGGUCAAAGAUAGGUAGUAUUUCUUAAUUUACAUACUGUAGCACACAGUAGGGAACUCCUAGCAUUUGUAGUACUAAAUAAGUAUGUACAUAGCAAAAUGUCUUUAUUGUGUGCUUUGCAGAAUAUGUGCAUACGGUUUGCACGUCCUGUUUUGGGGGUAGGAUUUGUUUUAAGCAGUGUUUGCCUGGAGAGUGAUAUGCUUGCUGCUUAAUCAAAGGAUUAAAGUUUUAAAGGAAUCUGUGUCUUCUAUUUUUAUGUACCUUGUAAUGGUCUAAAAUGUUAGGGCCCUUAUACUGUGAUUCUCUUCUAAAUUCAUUUAUUUUUUUAAGAAUUAGAAAUAAAAUUAUACAACGGUGUUAAUUUCAGUGGGGAAUUUCUUUUGACAUAUCUAGUCUCUGGUUUUUGUAAUGUAGUAAUGAACUCUGACUUCAAGGUUGGCUUAAUUUUGUCACUUUAAGAAAUGUAAAAUGUUUGCACACUAAAGUUUGCCAGAGAACGUGUAUCCUACAUUGUUUAAAGCUAAUGUAACUUUACAGCUUUUUGUACAGUUUAUUUUAGUUAAUAAAGCGAAACAGUACUAAAAUGGCAGAUUUUACAAAUGCAAGGCAUAACUUGAACUACAUGUCUUCUAGGAACCGCACUGCAAAAUUGAUGUACAAAAAGAAGAUAUCAGACUUAAUUGUUGCACUUUAAUUCAGAAUGGGAAGCAGAUAUUUCUGCAUUAAUAAAACGAUCACUAAACAUUGCA